AUGAAGCUGCUGAAGAAGCAGAUCAGCGAGAAGGACGGCACCGGCUCCGUGGUCCUGCGUGCUGAGGAGUCCGAGGAUAUGUGGCACAUAUACAAUCUCAUCCACGUGAGCGACGCGGUAAAGACAACAACGAUCCGCAAGGUAGUCAAAGAAGGUGUGACGGGCUCUACGAGUAGUCAGCGUGUCCGUAUGACGUUACAAAUUGAGGUGGAGCAAGUUAAUUUCGAUCCAGUGCUCUGCGUACUGCGUAUCAGGGGCAGAAAUGUCAUGGAGAGUCAACACGUUCGGAUGGGAGCGUACCAUACGCUGGAUCUUGAGAUGAACCGCGAUUUCACGCUGACAAAAAAGUGCUGGGACGUCAUGUCGCUAGAACGGAUUAAUAUGGCAUGCGAUAUUACCAAGCAAGCUGAGCUUGUAGCUGUGAUCAUGCAGGUCGGUCUGGCACACUUGUGCUUUAUUAAAGGUGAUAUGACGGUCAUUCGCGCCAAGAUCGAGACGAGUGUACCUAAAAAACGCCCGGGCAGCUCGGCUCAUGCCAAGGGCGCUGAAAAGUUUUACGCGAACAUUGUGCGUUCUAUCCGCCAGCAUAUAGACUUUAAGCUUGUCAAAUGUGUGCUACUGGCUAGCCCUGGAUUCGUCAAAGACGACUUCUUCAAGUUCAUGAUCGAGCAGGCUGUCCGUCAGGACGAUAAGCUUAUCCUUGAAAACAAGCCCAAGUUUGUAUUGUGUCAUUCGUCGUCUGGUCACAAGCAUGCUCUUGAUGAAGUUCUCAACGACCCUGCACUUCAGUCGCAAGUGAGGGACACGAAGGCUGUAGAGGAUGUCAAGUGCCUCGAUCGUUUCUUCAACAUGCUGCACAUCGAUCAGGACCGCGCGUAUUACGGCUACAAGCACGUUGUGCGGGCCAACGCAAAUAUGGCCAUCGAGACGCUCUUGGUCACGGACUUGCUCUUCCGGUCGCAGGAUGUCGCGACGCGGCGCAAAUACGUCGACCUUGUGGAGAGCGUACGAGAAAACGGUGGCAUAGUGCGGCUGUUUAGCAGUUUGCACGUGUCGGGCGAGAAGCUUGGCCAAGUAAGUGGUAUUGCUGCUAUUCUGCGUUUCCCCAUGCCUGAAAUCGAUGACGAGGACCAAGACAACGAAUCGAUUUCCGAUGAGGAAGAUGGUAAGGAGGAGGGCAGCGGGGUGAGUGACUUGUCGGUCGUAGCUUGA